GGCCUUGGAGUUCGCAAAUGCAAAUGGACGACAAGCAACCUUCCUGAACAAACCUCUACGUUUCAAUCAUGGCGAAGUUGUGCAGUAGCAGCAGGUUACGAUGAUGCCUUGUUUUUGCUGAAGUUUGUAAACACUAUUUGGGUCACAGUGAAGGUAUUGUGGUCCAGCAAUCGACUCUUCUUUGAACUGUGUCCUGUAUCGCUUCAAUAUGCGCUAGCGACUCUUCACAGGCUAUAUGCCAUGAAAAGUGGAACAGCCCUAUGUUCUUGGACUUGGAUGGAGAUCCAGUGCAAGCAAUUUCAAAGCACCAACCACCUGUGUUUAUUUCCUCAAGCAAAUAGCAGCUGCGUUAAUCUAACCUCUGCUGGGAGAGCAAGAUUCCGUUCUAGGAACGAAUGCCUCCCCAUCUGACUUCCAUGGAACACAAGAGACCUGUGCUGGGUAUCAACAAUGGCAGAGAGGGUUUAUACAGUGCACAAAGCCUCAGCACCUGUUCGCAAUCUCCCAUCAGCAGUACCAGUAAGUCUAGCUCCUCUCGAAUUGGCUUCUCUGGGAAUCUUCGGAGCCAUGGAAGCCGCUCUGUAUCCCCAGCUCCUUCCCACAGCCGCUUGCGAAGCCCUCCACAGACACCGCAACACUCCAGUGGCUACCCAACCAGGAGGCACGAUGCCAAUCACCUCUGGACUGCUAUCUAUGACUAUGAUGCACAAGGAGAAGAUGAACUCACCCUCCGCCGGGGCCGCAUUGUUGAAGUGCUCUCAUACGACUCGAAGAUCUCAGGCGAUGAGGGUUGGUGGACGGGUAAAAUUGGAGACAAGGUGGGAAUUUUCCCAUCAAAUUUUGUAGAAGGAGAUAUCAAACCGGUGGAGAUAAGCUACAGUGAACUCCACCUGUGUGAAGUCAUAGGGGUUGGUGGAUUUGGAAAAGUUUUUCGUGCCUACUGGCUACAGCAAGAGGUGGCUGUCAAAGAAGCACGACAAGAACCUGAUGAAGAUGUCAACGACACUUUGGAGAAGAUGCGGCAAGAAGCUAAUUUGUCCUGGUUAUUAGAUCAUGAGAAUAUUGUUAAUGUAAUAGGAGUGUGUUUGGAAAAACCUAAUCUAUGUUUGGUAAUGGAAUAUGCCCGAGGAGGGUCUCUUAAUAGAGUUUUAGCUGGAGCUAAAAUAGCCCCUGAUGUUUUGGUUGACUGGGCCAUUCAAAUCGCAAAGGGAAUGAAUUAUCUACACAAUGGGGCACCCAUCUCCAUAAUUCACCGAGAUUUAAAGUCUUCAAAUGUACUUUUAACAGAGCGCAUAACUGAAGCUGAUGACUUGCGCAACAAAACAUUAAAAAUAACAGAUUUUGGUUUAGCCCGUGAGGUUUACAAGACUGAGCAAAUGUCAGCUGUGGGAACUUAUGCCUGGAUGGCUCCAGAGGUAAUGCGUGACUCGUGUUUCAGCAGAUCCAGUGAUGUGUGGAGUUAUGGUGUUUUAUUGUGGGAACUUCUAACUGGUGAAACCCCUUACAAGGGUAUUGAUACAUUGGCUAUUGUUUAUGGUGUUGCUAUCAACAAACUUACUCUCCCAAUUCCCAAAACAUGCCCAAAGUCAUGGAGAGAUCUAAUGGAAGCUUGCUGGAAUGCAGAUCCACAUGAAAGGCCAUCUUUUGAAGCAAUCUUAGUAGCAUUGGAGACAAUAAAGCACUCAGAAUUUAUGCAAACUACUCAUGACAGUUUCCACACAAUGCAAGCUAAUUGGAAGGAAGAAAUCGAAGAAGUUCUUAGAGAUUUACGUCAAAAAGAAAUAGAGUUGCGUUGUCGAGAAGAAGAGUUGUCUAAAGUUCAGUUGCAACAGAAACAAGUAGAAGAAAAUUUAAGACAGAGAGAAAAAGAAUUAUUUGCCAGAGAAAUCCAAUUAAUUGAACGAGAGCUUCACUUGACAAUGCAGCAGCAACAAAGCCAGCCUGCCUCUACUCCUCAACCCACUAAACGUAAAGGGAAAAAGGCCUAUCUCAAACUUCUGAAGAAAGAGCCGGGUCAAAACAUUAGUGCUCCUUCUGGUUUUCGGCAUACAAUUACUGUGAAGCAUGAAGAUCGCCUGGGCAACCCUAACAGCCCACCUGGAUCACCAAGCAUAGGUCCUCGUCUGCAUGUUAUUGCCAAUCCCUUAGUGUCUGGUGAAGGCAUCAAAGGCAAGACCUGGGGCCCAAGCACUUGCCAUCAGCGAGAACGUGGGCAAAUCAUCGCACGCGUGUCCGACACAACUAGCCACAAGCUAUGGAGCAAGAGUGCACCCAACUUGGAGAAGCACCCUGCUGGCCGCUCAGCUUCCACAGGCCUGUCACCCUAUGGGGUUCUCCAAGAAAUAGAUUAUGGAAAUGCUGUGCUUCCAUCUGAAGUGGAUUGGGCUGGAGAAUCAGCUGCUGUCAGCCCUAAGCAUUCUCAAAUACUAUCUCCACUGCAAAUACCAAUGCCCACGCUUUAUAAUGGCACCAAUUCUGACCCUACGCGGCCUCGUCCAAAGCCAUCUAUCAUUGAAAUGGUUUUAUAUAACAUGGCUGCCAUGCUUGCAAGUUUUGCUGCUGGCUAUGACGUGAGACUGUCAAAUGUCACUCCCUUUCAUCCUUGUUUACAUCCAGAGAGGGGUGAAGAUGUGUCUUCAGAACACAAAUGGUGGCACAGUGGUCCUGACAGCGGAUUUCUUCGGAAUAAAUACAUGGCUCCUGAACAUGAAUUUGGUGCAGCCUCAGGAUUCCAACACAACACAUAUCAUGGACCUGUAUGGCACUAUCGUCCGCUUCUCAACGACCUCGUAGCUCAGAAGCCGAUUGAGUUGGGCUAUGGUACUCCGGUUAAUGAAGAGGAUAUGAGACCUCUACAUUCCCAGCUCUCUGCUCUGAAACUUUCUCAUUCAGGAUCGCAAGGAAGUUCUCUAACAAGCUCCCGCACUGUUUCAUGUGCAAGUUCCAGAGCAGGAUCUCCUCGCAGAAAGAACAGUGUUAAUGUGGAACCUUCAGAAGCCUUGCCUCAUUCUGCAUUGAAUUCUCCAUAUUUGAAAAACCGUGUAUUGAGCAAUGCUGGUAAACCAAGCUAUGUUGUGGUUCCAUUUAGUUCUGGCUGUGAUGUAUUAGAACCAGAACUUCCUCCACUAAAUUUUUUGCAACGGCAACCAGUUAGUGACUUUCGAGGUUCUCCUUUGAGUUAUAGAUCAAGACAUGAGUUUGAUGGGCAGCCACUGCCAGCCUGUAGUGUACCAGGUGGUGACUUUAUUCAUGCUCGCCAGCCAUCAUUGGAUAACUCUCGUAGUAAUAUUGGGAGCUCUUUUAGUGCACUUCGUAAUAUUUCAUAUACGCCACCUUUACCAAGGACACCUUCAAGAAUAACAAGUGGUUACAUGCAUCGGCAGAAUUUAUCUUGUGGCUCAAAUAUAUCAAAUACCUCGAAUGCUAGUUUAAACCUGGGCAUGGAUGAUGAUUUGUAUAGACACCCAAUACAUUCCACUCCUACUUCUCAUUCUGACUGGUCCAGUGAAUACAUGCCAGCUCAGAAAUAUUAUCAACAGACCUCUAGAGACUUGCUGGAUCGAGACUCGUCACUUUUCCACCGCCCACCAACGACUGAUAGUUUGACUAGUGAAGAUAGUAGUUAUGUUUCAGCCAAGGAAGGUUCUUACUCUUCAUCAUCUGUAUCACGUGUUCGCUUUUCUCCUAUUUCUUCUUUGAUGGCCAGUAGCUCUGGUGUGUGGAGUGGUGGCACAGAAUCUGGCCUGUAUGACAUUUCAUCCUUCAGCAAUAUUCCCAAUAGCUCUGAGUCUCAACAUGGCAAUCUGUCAAGUGACAAAGAAUUAAUGAGCGAGCUGGCCUCAUCUUGUCUUCGAUCAAGCCUCAAGCGCUCAUCCUAUUCACCAAUGUCUGCUCGUUCAAGUUUUAAAGAAGGAUUAGUCGACCACAUUUCUGGCCUUGGAGCAAACGAAGCACUGGCUACUGAAGAAGUUAGUGGGUCUUUUCCUUCACGAGUUCGCUUUUCCCCUGUUUCAAGUUCGAGACUCGGAACUAUCAGUAGCCUUGCUGAAGACACUCCUGAUGCCAAAAUACAGCCAGCUCAGGAAAAAUGUCUGUCUGCUCAGGAAUUUCCUAGAUCAUUUUCUAGACUCAAUCAAGAGUCAUCAUUGCCUCGACAACCCAUGAGUGAAUCUGAAAGGAACUUUCUUUCCUGAUAACUAUUGCAUCUUUUGCUACUGAGGCUGUCUGCAGCACUCAUAUUUGGCCUUAUGUGGUUAGUUAUGACUGAGAGGUUGAAGGAUGCUGGUUAUUCACAAAAUUACUGAGUAGGGACCAAACAGCUGUUGACAUAACAGUGGAGAACUUCUGAGUAGAAUUUUUGUAGAGGCUCAGUUGAGCUUCCAGUCAUAAUAAAUAUGGGUCCUUACAAUUGGCAAACACUUUGAGGUUGUAUUUUGGUUGUAUUAUUUCUAUGACUAAUAGCAUCUCCCUUCUUUUUACAUUUAUGAAAAAUAAAGGCCAUUGUGAGAUUUGGAUCCUUCUAAUCUUGUAAUUAGCUUUUCUUUUUUCCAUUUGUGUGUGUGUGCUUUCACGCCUGCCUUGGCUAGAUAUAAUGAUGUUUUUUUAAACAUACUCAAUGCUUUAGUUUGACUCAUAAUGUGGGGAGGCUAGUGACUGUUCUGUAACAAACAGAAAUUUCAAUAUUCCCAGUGAUAUUGUUCUUGUCAUUUAGGAACCAAAUAGUUUAUAUUUAUAACAUGUUUUAAUCAAUGCUUUUAUUUCUUAUGUAUGAAACACUCUGGUCACCUUUUUUACCAUUCCAUUAUUGGGUACUGUUAUUAUUGCUUUGUACAUUUUAUUACUUUUCUACUGUUUAUUGCUCUUCUUUCUUUUUAGAUAUUCUAUUAUGUAAUUUUAUUGUCUUUUGAAACUCCUUGUAGUUUCAUAUUCCAGAGUUACCAUGAGAAAGCAAAUGGUUUUAAUUUGUUCUUCCUGAAACCAACUGUAAAAAUUAAUUGCGGUAUGGUGAGGUUUUGCUUCUGUUCUUAAUUUGUCAGAAAGAAAUAUUUUCUAUUUCAAUGCUCCUGUGUAUUGUGUUGUUUUAUAUGAAUAUAGUAUCUUCAGGAUCUUCCCAUAAUGUUCGUCAUCUUCAUUAGCAUUGAUAGGUUAUCAAAUGUGUUAACAAUUUCUCAGUGUGAUGGCUUGACUUAUUGGUAAAUUCCAUGUAAACAUAUUUCCCUACGACAUCAUUCCCUUUCCUCUUAUCCUCACGAGAAAAGGAUUUGAAAUCUGUCUUAAGUUUUAGUACAAUUACUUAAGCUAGGAUGUGAUAAAACAGCAUCAUUCUUUAGAGUGAAAGUGAUGUGUAGGCAUGAGAGACGUUUUAGGGACUAAACUGAAUUUUUUAACUUGUACACUUGUUGUAACUUGCUUUACUUACAUGUAUUCUAAAGCUGUUUUGAAUUUUAUAUAUGCCUGUGAAACAUGUGUAAGUUUCUGUGAUCAAUUGUAGUGCCAUUUUAUUAUUUUUAUAAGUAUGUGUCAUAAGAGCUUGAAAAUAGUAUGACCUAAGAACACUUGUACAUUAUGUACUAAUCAUAAAGCAAGCAUGGGUUGGGGAUAAUAAGUGCUGUUUGCUUCUUAGCAAUAAUGUGGAGCAGGUUUUAUUAUGAACUUUUAUGCUCCUCUGUGUUUGAAAUUUGAUAUGGUGGGAGCAAUGGCCAACACUGACAUUUGUUCAUAUUCAACAUGUGUCUUUUAAGAGCUUAAGCAUUGUGUGGUAGGGUUUGAGGUGUGUGCAACAUUAAAAAUGGUUGUGUGCAGUCAUUACAGUAAUUUCUACUUUUAGCAGUGGGUAUGUUGUUCUUUGUGUUCUCAAUUUUUUUAUUUUUUUUUGUUCCUUUUGAACCUAGAUCAGAUGAAGUUCAGCCAUGCAUUUCUGUUAGCAUAGAGUCCCUGCUCCUUGGAGAACAGAGGAGACUUGGAGGAAUGUUGCGAGUACCUUUGGCGGAACUACAUCCUGACAAAAAUGCAUGGCAAUACUCAUCACACAUCAACUCAUGUAGCAUUCUAUCUUUUCCCUUUUUUCCCCCAUUUGUAUUAAGACUUCUUUUCACCUUCCAAAAACUGGCAUGAGAUACCAUUGCCAAUGUGGGAGAAUUGCACAUUCCAUGUUAACUUGUUUGCUCAACAUGAUUCAUGUGUGGUCCAAUCUCAGUGUGAAGAUGCAUAAAAGAAAAAAACUGAUGACUCUUCUUUUAUAUUAUGGUUUGAUGAAGAUAAAAUAAUAUUGCAAAUCAAUACCUUGUAUUUGAAGACGUGAUUCAUGGGUACUUUGUAAUAAUGUUAGAAUUUAUUUAUUUGAUAGUUUUUCCCAAACCAACUUAAGUGAAAUCUUUAGUAAUAAAUCAUUUCAAAUGUGUAGGUUGACCCUGUAUCAACCUUAGUUCUAAGCUUAUGCUGCAACAAUAGCUUGGUGUGUCAAUUUUUUAGUGGUCAUACCAUUAAUUUUUUUCAUUUAAACUGCUUAACUGGAGUGUGUGUGGACUAUAGUGUAAUACAUAUAAUAGGAAUAAUAUCUGAGUCAGUAUUAAUCUUUAUUGUGUUCAGAAAUAAGAGGAGCAGCUUUGAGCAACAGAUGCACUUAUUUCCUUGGUCUUUUCCAUGUUGUUAAAUGUUGAGCACAGACAAUGUGUAGGUUUUUGCUUUUUGGUAACUUGCUUUAUGUGAUAAAGUCAAUCCAUUCCAUCGGUAGUAAAUUGAUUUUAGUCAAAGUUGCCAUCUCAGUCUGUGUAGGCUGUACCAUCCAAUAUGCAGGUGUUCUUAAUGGAAAUCAAUUUCUGUAUAACCCUGUAAAUUACAGAGCUGAAAAAAAAAUCCAAUUUAAAAAAAAAACAGAUUUGACUACAAUUAAAAUUCUUUGAAGAAUAAAAAGCC